GCGGCCCGGGGACUUUGGAGCGGGAGGAAGCGCCGCGGGGUGGGGAGGUGGGUGUGUCGGAGGCGGCGGCGCGGGGCUUAUAACCCGCAGCGCGGGCGCGGCGCGGGAGACCCGCCGCCGACUCAGCCAUGAGGCCCGCGCUGCCCCUCCCGCCGCCGCCGCUGCUGCUGCUGCUGCUGCUGCUGCCGCCGCCCGCCGCCCCGGCGCUCGACCCCGCGCUGCGGCCCGGGAGCUUCCCCGCCGACGAGGCCGGGGCGCAGCUCUUCGCGCGCAGCUACAACGCGAGCGCCGAGCAGGUGCUGUUCCACAGCACGGCGGCCAGCUGGGCGCACGACACCAACAUCACCGCGGAGAACGCGCAGCGCCAGGAGGAAGCCGCCCUGCUCGCCCAGGAGUUUGCGGAGCUCUGGGGACACAAAGCCAAGGAGCUAUACGACCCCAUCUGGGAGACGUUCACUGACCCGGUUCUGCGAAGGGUCAUCAGUUCCAUUCGCACCCUGGGCUCUGCCAACCUGCCCCUGAAGGAUCGGCAAGAGUACAAUUCUCUGCUGAGCAGCAUGAGCAGGAUCUACUCCACAGCCAAGGUCUGCUUCCCCAACAAGACUGCCACCUGCUGGUCCCUGGACCCAGAUCUCACCAACAUCCUGGCCUCCUCGAGAAGCUACUCACGGCUGCUCUAUGCCUGGGAAGGCUGGCACAAUGCUGUGGGCAUCCCACUCAAACCCCUGUACGAGCAAUUCACGAACCUCAGCAAUGCGGCCUCCCGGCAGGACGGCUACUCAGACACGGGGGCCUACUGGCGCUCUUGGUACGAGUCACCCACCUUCGUGGAAGACCUGGAGCACCUCUACCAGCAACUAGAGCCCCUCUACCUGAACCUCCACGCCUAUGUCCGCCGCGCACUGUACCUCCGAUACGGGGCCAGAUACGUCAACCUCAGGGGACCCAUCCCUGCUCACUUGCUGGGGGACAUGUGGGCCCAAAGCUGGGAGAACAUCUACGACAUGGUGGUGCCUUUCCCUGACAAGCCCAAUCUCGACGUCACCAGCACCAUGCUGCAGCAGGGCUGGAACGCCACACACAUGUUCCGGGUAGCAGAGGAGUUCUUCACCUCCCUGGGACUCUCACCCAUGCCUCCCGAGUUCUGGGCAGAGUCUAUGCUGGAGAAGCCGAGUGAUGGGCGAGAAGUGGUGUGUCACGCCUCUGCCUGGGAUUUCUACAACAGGAAAGACUUCAGGAUCAAGCAGUGCACGCGGGUCACUAUGGACCAGCUCUCCACAGUGCACCACGAGAUGGGUCACGUGCAAUACUACCUGCAAUACAAGGACCAGCCCGUCUCCCUGCGCCAAGGCGCCAACCCUGGCUUUCACGAGGCCGUCGGGGAUGUGCUGGCACUCUCUGUCUCCACACCUGCACACCUGCACACAAUAGGUCUGCUGGACCGAGCCACCAAUGACCGGGAAAGUGACAUUAACUUCUUGUUAAAGAUGGCCCUGGAAAAAAUUGCCUUCCUGCCCUUUGGUUACUUGGUGGACCAGUGGCGUUGGGGGGUCUUCAGUGGGCGGACCCCUCCCUCCCGCUACAACUUUGACUGGUGGUAUCUUCGGACCAAGUAUCAAGGGAUCUGCCCUCCAGUUUUCCGGAACGAAACCCACUUUGACGCUGGGGCCAAGUUUCACGUUCCCAACGUGACACCAUACAUCAGGUACUUUGUGAGUUUCAUUCUGCAGUUCCAGUUCCAUCAAGCCCUGUGCCAGGAGGCAGGCUACCAGGGGCCACUGCACCAGUGUGACAUCUAUAACUCCACCCAGGCGGGGGCCAAGCUGCGGGAGGUGCUGAAGGCCGGCUCCUCGCGGCCCUGGAAGGAGGUGCUGAAUGCCACAAUCGGCUCAGAUGCCCUGGACGCUCGGCCGCUGCUCAGCUACUUCCAGCCGGUCACCGAGUGGCUCCAGGAGCAGAACCGGAAGAACGGCGAGGUCCUGGGCUGGCCAGAGUACCAGUGGCGUCCGCCGGUGCCCGACAGUUACCCGGAGGGCAUUGACCUAGUGACUGACGAGGCUGAGGCCGGCAAGUUUGUGGAGGACUAUGACCGGGCAUCCCAGGUGGUGUGGAACCAGUACACGGAGGCCAGCUGGAACUACAACACCAACAUCAGCACUGAGACCAGCAAGCUCCUGAUGCAGAAGAACAUUCAGAUGGCAAACCACACCCUGAAGUACGGCAUCCGCGCCAGGCAGUUUGACGUGACCCACUUCCAGAACGCCACCCUGAAGCGGAUGCUGAGGAAGAUCCAGGACAUAGAGAGUGCAGUGCUGUCUACCCAGGAACUGGAGGAGUACAAUCAGAUCCUGCUGGACAUGGAAACCACAUACAGUGUGGCCUCUGUGUGCUACGCCAACGGCACGUGCCUCCAGCUGGAGCCCGAUCUGACACACCUGAUGGCCACGUCCCGGAACUAUGACGAGCUGUUGUGGGCCUGGAGAGGCUGGCGAGACAAGGCCGGGAGAGCCAUCCUGCCUUUCUUCCCCAAGUAUGUGAACUUAACCAACAAGGCUGCCCAGCUCAAUGGCCACACCAACGCGGGAGACUCGUGGCGCUCCGUCUACGAGAUGCCGUCCCUGGAGCAAGACCUGGAGCAGCUCUUCCUGGAGCUGCAGCCGCUCUACCUGAACCUGCACGCCUACGUGCGCCGGGCCCUGCACCGCCGCUACGGGCCCCAGGUCGUCAACCUGGAGGGCCCCAUACCCGCACAUCUACUGGGGAACAUGUGGGCGCAGACCUGGUCCAACAUUUUCGACCUGGUGAUGCCCUACCCAUCAGCCCCCAAGCUGGAUGCCACAGAGAACAUGAUAAGUCAGGGCUGGACACCCAAAAGGAUGUUUGAGGAAGCAAACAACUUCUUCACCUCCCUGGGGUUGCUGCCUGUCCCUCCUGAGUUCUGGACCAAGUCAAUGCUGGAGAAGCCGACGGAUGGGCGGGAGGUGGUGUGCCACGCCUCUGCCUGGGACUUCUACAAUGGCAAGGACUUCCGCAUCAAGCAGUGCACCACCGUGGACAUGGAGGACCUGGUGGUGGCGCACCACGAGAUGGGCCACGUGCAGUACUUCAUGCAGUACAAGGACUUGCCCGUCACCUUCCGGGAAGGUGCCAACCCUGGUUUUCACGAGGCAGUCGGCGACGUGAUGGCCCUGUCAGUGUCUACACCCAAGCACCUUCACAGCAUCAACUUGCUGAGCAGCCAGGGCAACAGCCACGAGCAAAGCAUCAACUUUCUGAUGAAGAUGGCACUCGAUAAGAUUGCCUUCAUCCCCUUCAGCUACCUCGUGGACCAGUGGCGCUGGAGGGUGUUUGGCGGGAGCAUCACGAAGGAGAACUACAACCAGGAGUGGUGGAGUCUCAGGCUGAAGUACCAGGGCCUCUGCCCUCCAGUGCCGAGAUCUCAAGGCGACUUUGAUCCGGGGGCCAAGUUCCACAUUCCUGCCAAUGUGCCUUAUAUCAGGUACUUUGUGGGCUUCCUCAUCCAGUUCCAGUUCCACGAGGCCUUGUGCCGGGCAGCAGGUCACCAGGGACCCCUGCAUGAGUGUGACAUCUACCAGUCCAAGGAGGCAGGGAAGCUUCUGGCGGACGCCUUGAAGCUAGGCUACAGUAAGCCCUGGCCAGAAGCCAUGCGGCUGGUCACAGGCCAGCCCAACAUGUCGGCCGCCGCCAUGAUGAACUACUUCAAGCCACUGCUGGACUGGCUGGUCGCCGAGAACAAGCGGCACGGGGAGACGCUGGGCUGGCCUCAGUACAACUGGUCACCAUACUCGGUUCGCACAGAAGACAAGUUCCCCGGGAGCAGCCGUGUCAAUUUCCUGGGCCUAGACCUGGAGGAGCAGCAGGCCCGCGUGGGUCAGUGGGUGCUGCUCUUCCUGGGCGUCACCCUGCUGGUGGCCACGCUGGGCCUCACCCAGCGGCUCUACAGCAUCCGCCGCCACAGCUUCCACCAGACCCACCGUGGACCCCAGUUUGGCUCCGAGGUGGAGCUGAGACACUCCUGAGAUGACCCGACCGGCCAGGGCAGGUGGGUCACUUGACUGAGCAACCUCGGCCCCUCCCAAGAAGCGCCUCAGAGAACGUCCCAGAUGCUGUUCCCAGCACCACAUGGCGCCUGUGCUUGCUGUCCCUCUAACCCAGGCAGCCACCCAGUGUCAGGUCCCAAACCAGGAGGACUCUGGGAAGUCAGGGAGGUACACACAUUCCGGGCUUCUGGUCUCAGGCUUCCACAGGCUUCGAGAGCCUUGCCCCAGGCCCGGCCCCACACUGGCACCCUGUCCGGGCUGCUGUUCCCACAAGUGGUCAGGCGCCCUGGAUUGUCUGUGGACUGGGUCCCUGAGAAGCAGUCACCUGUCAGAGUGCGGGACUGGCUUCACGGCCAGCGUAGACCCUCUGUGCCAGCUCCCUCUCCCCACUGAGAUGUUCCCCCCGGGGGCUCCGCGUGGGCCUCUGCCCUCGGAGAUCAAGUGUGGCAGCAGCAGCCCCUAGGCUGAAGCAGCCCCUAGGCUGGUGAAAUGCCGCGGCCACCCC